CAUAUACCAUCCCUUUUUCAACAGAAAUAGAUACUUCUUCUUUUUCUUCGGUUUCUUAUUCAAAUAUACAAAGUACAAGCAACAUGUCUCUCGGUAGAUCAUUAACUCUCAACACAGGUGCCAAAGUACCCCUUAUUGGUCUCGGUACAUGGCUCUCUCAGCCAGAUGAGGUUCGCAAGGCUGUCAAGUACUCAUUAGAGUCUGGCUACAGACAUCUCGAUUGUGCCUAUGUAUACAGAAACGAAGAUGAGGUUGGCCAAGGUAUCAGAGAGUCUGGUGUUCCUCGCAAGGAUAUCUUUAUUACCUCCAAGGUCUGGAACACACAUCACCGCCCCGAGUAUGUAAAGGCUGCCUGUGAAGCCAGCCUCAAUGCUAUGGGCUUGGACUAUCUUGAUCUUUAUCUCAUCCACUGGCCCGUUUCCUUUGCUCCUGAAGGAAAGCCCGAAGAAACCCCUGCUGUUCCUACCCUUGAAUACUUGUUCCCAAAGAAAAACGGUCAGGUGGCUGUUGAGGAGAUUGAUGCUGCUGCCACAUGGAAGGCUAUGGAGGAGCUUGUAGAUCUUGGUCUGGUAAAGGCUAUUGGUCUUUCCAACUUUACCAUCCCUAAGAUCCAGCAUGUUCUCAAGAAUAGUCGCAUCCGCCCUUCGAUGUUGCAGGUCGAACUCCACCCUGGUUUCCUCCAGGAAGAGCUUGUUGCUUUCUGUAAGGAGCAGGGUAUUGCUGUAACAGCCUACUCUCCUCUCGGAAACAACAUCUAUGGCAAGGAGCGUAUCGUUGAUGAUCCAAUUAUCGUUGAGAUUGCCAAGAAGACCGGUAAAAGUCCAGCACAGAUCUGUAUCGCUUUUGCAGCACAGAGAGGUGUCAUUGUCAUUCCCAAGAGUAUUACACCCUCUCGUAUUUCUUCAAACUUUGAAGACUUUAUUCUUUCUCAAGAAGACUUUGAUGCUGUCAAGGCAUUAGGCAAGCGUAACAUCCGUUACAAUGAUCCUGGAACCGAAGAAUGGAAUACCACCAUCUUCUAAACAUUUUGUAUAAAAGAAAAGACAGACAGACAGAAAUCAUACCAUUUAUCAAUCAAAUCAAAUCAAAUAAACAAGUACAUGUAAAAAAUAAAAUAAAAAAUAAAAGGUCUUUAACAUAU